CAUGCUCCAAACAUUUCAUUCUAACCAACGAAAAUAAGAUGAAAAGAAGACCCUCAUCCCUUCAUAUACCCCCAACAAAUCUAAAAACCGUGGAUGGGAUAAGAUGAUGAUCCUACGUGGCAAGAUUCCCUCCAUAUCUUCUUGACCUUCUCCUUAAACCCCUCAUUCCUUUCUCAGACAACGUACGAAGAGCCCAACCUCACCAUGGCUUCUCCAGCCCAAAUAACUCCGACCGCCGCCGCCGCCGCCGCUAAACCACUGAUAACCCCAGUCAGAUCCCAGUUCAUCUCCGCCUCCACGCGAAACGCCGCCAACCCCACCAGCCGCCGGGAGUUCAUCUCUCUUUCCUCCGGAAUACUCUGCAGCCACAGCAUCGUCCUCUCCGCCGCCGUCGCCCGGGCAGCCUCCGACGAGGAAUACGUGAAGGAGACGACGGAGGUGAUCGGGAAGGUGAAGUCGACGGUGGAGAAGGAGAAGGGGGACCCGGAUAUAGUGGAUGCGGUGGCCGAUCUAAGGGAGGCGUCGAAUUCGUGGGUGGCCAAGUACCGGAGGGAGAAGGGGCUGCUCGGACGGCCAUCUUUCCGGGAUGUCUACUCGGCGCUCAACGCCAUAUCCGGGCAUUACGUGAGCUUUGGGCCGACGACCCCGAUUCCGGCCAAGAGGAAGCAGAGGAUCUUGGAGGAGGUGCAGAGUGCAGAGCAGGCAUUGCAAAGAGGAAGAUAAGGAUUAUACAUUAGAUAUUACUAUUCUGUUCAUUCUCAACUUUUAAUUUUUAUUUAUUUUUCUUGUUUCGGUUUGGAAUUCAAUUUUACUGCUCAAUUAUAUAGACCAUGUUUAGCUUCAUAUGCACUUCAAUCAUAUUGGCCAUUUUUAUGACUGUUCUCGUGACAUUGAAAUCUCACGUCAUGAGAAGAUUCGGGGCUGCUACGGUACGG